AUGACCGAGAAGCAUCGCAAAGGCACACAUGCCAAUAAUGUCAACGACAUUGAACCAAUUGUUUCCGAAAUCAAAAUAUAUGCCUCCGACAACACCUCUGACGCCGGUCCUCCACUUAAAGGAUGGGCUAAAUUUGUCGACUCAUUCAGAGAGGGCCAUGGCCAACACUUGAAGGAAAAAAACUUGAAGAUGUCCCACUUGAUGGUGAUUGCUCUAAGCAGUGGUUUGGGUACCGGUCUUUUAGUUGGUUCUGCUGCCAAGUUGAGACUUGGUGGUCCUCUCGCUGUUUUGCUCGCCUACGCCAUUGUUGGUGCCAUGUGUAUUUGCACCAUGAACUCUGUAGGAGAGCUUACAGUGGCAUACACGGAAAUGGAGGGUGGUUUCAACGAAUUCUACAGAAUGUUUUUGGAUGAUUCCAUUGCUUUUGCCUUGGGUUGGAACUAUUGGUUUGAGUGGGUAACCACCAUUUCUUUAGAGUUGGUGACUGCCUCGAUGACCAUUAAAUACUGGAACACCUCCAUCAACUCGGAUGUGUUUGUGGUGAUUUUCUUCCUUGUCAUUUGUUUCAUCAACUUGUUCGGUGUUCGUGGUUACGGUGAGGCGGAAUUUUUCAUGAACUCGCUCAAGCUCACAAUGUUGACUGGUUUCUUCAUUAUGGGUUUGUGCAUUGAUUUCGGCGCUACCAAAAGCGGAUACAUUGGAGGUAAAUACUGGAGACACCCUGGUGCUUGGGUAUCGUUCAAAGGUUUCGUUAAGGGUUUCUCCACUGCCUCUUUCUCCAUGGGUGGUACUGAAUUUUUGGCCUUGUCUGUCUCUGAAGUGCGCAACCCUAGAGCAGCUUUGCCCACUGCCAUUAGACUUGUUUUCCUUCGUAUUGUUUUCUUUUACUUGGGUUCCUUGGUUAUUGUUGGCUUGCUUGUGCCAUAUGACUCGGACCGUCUUUUGGGUUCUGGUUCUGUCAGUGCCUCUCCAUAUGUGUUGGCGGCCGAUCUUCAUGGGGUCAAGGUUGUGCCUCACAUUGUCAAUGCGGUGAUUUUGAACUCGGUCACUUCUGUGGCUACUGCUGCCAUGUACUCGUCUUCGAGAUUGUUGCGUUCUCUUGCCGAACAAGGUUAUGCUCCUCGCUUCUUUAACUACACUGAUAAAGCUGGCCGUCCUCUCAGAGCUUGGAUUGUUUCUAUUCUUGCGCUGUGUUUUGCAUUCAUCGCCACCUACGAAAAGCAAGAUGUGGUUUUCAACUGGCUUUUGUCCAUUGUUGCCUUGUCCAUUGUGUUUAUCUGGCCUGCCCUUUGCAUCUGUCACUUGAGAUGGAGAGCCGCUUUGGCUUACAACAAUGUCUCUUUGGACACUUUGGGUUUUGUCUCAUACACUGGUGUUUUGGGUUCAUGGUACUCCAUUAUUGUCAACGGUUUGAUUUUGAUUGGUCAGUUCUGGGUGGCUUUAUUCCCUGAUGGAGAUGCUAGUGUUAACAACUUUUUCCAGAACUACGCCUGUGUGCCCUUCCUUAUCGUUUGUUACCUUGGCCACAAGAUUUACGUGGGCAACUGGAAGAAGUACUGGCUUCGUGUAGAUGAGAUUGAUAUUUUCACGGGGAGAACGAUAUACGACCCGGAAAUUAUGAAAUUAGAGAAGGAGGAGGCUAAGCAGAAAUAUGCUGCGGCCCCAUGGUGGAAGAAGGCUUAUCUUUGGAUCUAG